UGCAGAUUGAAAGAUUCUUAUUUAUCUAAUAAUUAUACAGUAAUAUGAAGACAAGAGAUUUCUCAGAGGGUACCCUGGUGGGAUCGAGGGUUGGUCGAUCAAGGGCAGGUAGAUCUCUUGAGACUUGGAUAAAUGCCACGGGGAUAUAGGAUUGGUCCAGAGUCCCGAGAAAUGAUUAUAUGAGGAUCAAAACAUCCAUGAUUGCCGGCAUAGUGGCUAAUUUAUAGACGGGUGACGAAGGACCCAGAACGACCAGGGAGGAUUUGGCUAUUGUCGGAAAUAGAGUGGGUGCAUGAGACAUGGAAAUGAAACGGUACAUCGCGGGGGAUUAAGAUUUCGAUGGAGUAAAAACAAUCAAGGAACGGAGAGGAAACGCCAUGCUGGCGCAAUUGAUCCUCUGUCUAGAUGGAGACGCCGGAGUCGAGUUUUCUGGGUGGAAGCUGAUGGACCGGCGCGCAACAGUCGAGCGACGCCCGGCAGAUUCGGGUUUAGCGUACGCGGUUCUGCUUGGCACGAUGGACUUUCCCGAGCCCACCGCCCUGGGGUUGCUGCGGUUUCCCGUCGGAAUCCGAGCCUUGGUUUACCGGCGAACUAUCCGCAAGCUUCGAGGGAAGACGGACGCAAAGCCAAAAAUAAAAGCCAAAAGGGAAGGAAAAAAAAAAAAAGGCGCAAAAUCACCGCGGUUAGGGCUCUCAGGUGCAGCGUUCUAGAUCAUGUUGUCGGCCGACAUCGCGUCCUUGCCACCUUAGAAGUCGGUGUGCGUGAGUACGUUGGGUGGUCAUUAUUCAGGUUAGUUGAACUGGCACCGGGGAACGAUCGAACACUAAAAAUAAAAUCUGCGAGGUUGGAUUUGAGUUCGUACUGUGGCCGGACUUCGGGGGGCACCGCCAAAAACUAACUUCCCACAAUGCCAUCAUAAGUGUCAUACUUCAGCCGCGAUUUCCAUGAGGACUCGAAGACGCGGAUAUCUGGUGCUCGCGGAUUGAUCAAUUCUCAGUCACAAGAGGGGGGAAGAGUGUCGCCUCUGUGCCCUUCUUCAACUCCACCAGCGGCACGCCGUAGUGCUCAUCCGCGCCAAAGAUCGCUGCUUCGAAACUUCUCUUCUCAGGAUCCCCCGCAACGCCAAGCAUAUCGAGAAGACGUGCCGAUUUCUCUGGCAUGAACGGCUGUAGGAGAAUCCCGGCAAUUCGCAAGGAUUCUGCGGUGUUAUAUAUCACACGGCUGAGUUCAGUUGGCUCGGUGUUUUCAGACUGUUCAGCCAGAGACCA